AUGGAGAGUCUUCCAUGCUUGCACAUCCAUACUCGAUGGUCGGUCGGCUCCGUGUUGAAGUACACUGCUGUAGCCACGACCUUCGAGGAACGCGUCGACUCGGAUCGACCACAGCUCGUAGUUAUCUUUACCGAGCUUGGUGAUCUUGACAUCCCCUUCAUUCGAUACAUUGGUGGUAGUCGUCGAACUCAUAACCUGUUGUGGAUUUGGACUUGGAGUACCAAUGAAUGA